AUGCCACCUACUCUGCCCCCCUCCUACUCCGCUCCCCCCUGCUCUGUCCCCCCUUGCUCUACCUCCCCCCCCCCCCUGCUCUGCCCUCUCCUGACCUCCCGUGCUCUGCCCUCCCCUGCUCUGCCCUCCCCUGCUCUGCCCUUCCUUGCUAUGCCCUCCCCUUCUCUGCCCUCCACUUCUCUGCCCGCCCCUUCUCAGCCCUCUCCUUCUCUGCCCUCCCAUGCUCUGCCCUUCCCUGCUCUGCCCUUCCCUGCUCUGCCCUCCCCUGCUCUGCCCUCCCCUGCUCUGCCCUCCCCUGCUCUGCCCUCCCGUGAUCUGCCCUUCCCUGCUCUGUCCUCGCUCUGGAAGAUCAGAUCGUGCAUGUUCUCUCCUCCACCAAGCUCGCCUGAAGAAGAGCAUGAUGCUGUGCACUGGGGUGGUGAUUUCCUUUCAAGGAUUUCCACCACAGCUUUGGCCCCAUUUGGAUUCACUGGUUACAAGGCCAGUGGGAGCCUGUGGUCAGAUAGGUGGUGCAUACAGGGCCUUGAGGCAGCAGCGGAGCAGUGGCUGCGGCAUAUCAAUGCCAACUUACCAGACCAUUCCUUCUUCACCAUGCAGCAGUACACAGGGCGCUAA